UCAUCGAAUUACGGACACUUAAUUACAAACCCGAGGAGGUACCCGGCUACGUUUCUGUACCAAAAACGUCUCACGCAAACGCUUAUGUAGGUUUGGAUGUCAACUUCACCCUCCCUUGGAGGUUAGGAACCCCCGUUGUUCGAAAUUUUCCGUGUCCUAAUUAUUUGACUCCCUUUUUCGGCCAAACGAGAAUCUUCUAGCUUCCGAAAUUUUCAAGGACAACCGCACCCUGCUGUGGUUGAAAUCGGUGAAAGAGCACCGAGUUUCCGAGUUACGAUUACCAUUACCAAACGACGAACGUUCGACUAACACGCACCGUUUACCUCUUUUCAAACGCUUACAGCUUUGCGGCAAAGGUAAAGGACUGCGGAAAGGUAAGGAGGACUCGUCGCCUCCCCGGAAAACGCGAAACCCAACAUGGACAGUCGCGGCCCAACGACAACGGUUCGAGCCGGUGCACCCACUGCCGUCGACGGUACGUCAAGGCUGGCACAGAUGCAGAUGCGCUUCCAGCAGCGCCAACAGCAGGAACGUGACCAGCGAAAGAUAGAGCAGAUUGCCACGAGAACGACCGCCACGACCGGUACGGUGGCCAUUGCAUCGUCGCACGGUGGCCGUACGGCGACGACGACAACAUCGACCACGAGCAGCAGUGCCGUGAGUGCAACGGUAGAACUGUCCGAGCGUCUCAAUGCCACCAGCCUGUCGUCCACGCUCGGUGCUGGCAAGGUUCGCCAAAUGUUCGACGAACGUCGUCAUCGGGUGGCCGGCAUCGAUAAAAGCUACCCACUGCAGCCGAUCCAAACGACUUCCACGGUACCGGUAGCCCAUGGUAACCACUCCGUCAACGGUAACGGUAACAGUAACGGCACCGGCAGCAACGGUAACGAUGCUGGUGGCGGUGGCGCUUCCCUCGCUCGUGGUAUGGCCAAGGCGGGUCUAAACAACAAACCACGUGUCCCACCAAUAUCGGCCAGUUCCCGGACCCGCUUGAUGCAGCACCAAUCUCAAGCGCGUGGGACGAACCUACGUCAGGACAGUCUCGUGGCCAUGCAGGCCGCACGCAGUAACGGUGGAGACGCCGGGGCACUGAUGAUGGAUCCAAACGGUGGCUAUGAUGACAACGAUAAUUUUCUGGAACUGGAAAAGUUUCCAGAUGCAGCAUCAAUCGAUGAAGAUACGCUAGAUUCUGCAGAUCGUCUAAAUGUCAUCAACGGUAACGGAGCCACGUUAAAGAUGGGAAAAUCAAACGCAUCCACGACGAAGAACUUACCCAGCAACAGUACCAUUCAAAAGCCGAUGAAAAAAUCCCCGAUUGCUGCGUCCAACAGUGUUGCAACGCGUUCACCAAACGGAUCUGCCAAAUCCGGAGUGGUCACACCGCGGUCGGUGAAAUCGAACGGACCAUCGCGAACGGUCACCCAGCCAAGUCCCUCCGGUUCAGCAAGUUCGGUACGCCGCCCAUCAUCGGUAGCGAGCGGAAACAACAUGCUUGCAGCCGCCAACGAACCCGUCCCGGACGGUUUGACCCGCUGUGACAUCUGUAGCCGCAACUUUGCCACCGAUCGUAUCGACAAGCAUCGACAAAUCUGUCAGAAAACGAAGACGAAAAAGCGCAAAGUGUUCGACAUCACCAAGCACCGUGUGCAGGGCACGGAUGCGGAAAGUUUCGUGCUGAGAGGGAAAAAAUCCACCUCGACCGGUGCUGCCACCGUGCAUAGGAAACAAUCUAGUCAGCUUUCAAUGGGCAGCAGUAGUGUCGGUGGUGGCGCCGGUGGUAAACCGAGCAAUUGGCGCAAAAAGCACGAAGAGUUUAUCGCGACAAUCCGUGCGGCUAAGGAGAUGAAAGCGCAUCUCGCCCGGGGUGGCAAAUUGUCCGAUCUGCCACCACCGCCACCGUCGGAAAAUCCGGACUAUGUACAGUGUCCGCACUGCAAGCGUCGCUUCAAUCAGACGGCUGCCGAACGGCACAUUCCGAAGUGUGCCACAAUGUUGCACAACAAACCGAAACCGAAGGCAUCGUCCACCAUGCGGAAAUACUGAUCAGUUUGUGCGCAGCAGGUUGUCCCUGGAAACGAGUUUGCAAUUGCUUAUAUUUUGCUAAUGCAUAAUUUAAUGCUUCAUCUGUAAAAUCUGGUUUGUUCCGAGGAAAAAUUCGUUCUCUGGAACUGGAUGCAUUUUUUGGCAAACAAAAUUAGAACAAACGUUGUCAUUUAAAUGAACGCAAGUAAUGAACACGUGUACAAACUAACGAAAACCCCCGCUCUGAAUAGCCUAACAGGAGAAGAAAAUACAUAUAUAUCAUAAUACAUAUGAGACAAUGCAAACGAUAAUCAUUAUCAGCCAUAUAUAUACACAUAUAUUAUUAGUAGCUCAACAAAUAUAACAUCCAGCAUUUAACAAGAAGAAAGAGGAGAACGAGAUCACAAAACAGUUGUCACACACGGUGUAUUAGACACGUGGCGAUCCGAGAGACGAAACCUAUAUACUAAAUAUGGCUGUGUGAAUGCGCUCUUCGUGUGUGUGAGUCUCUGCAAGUGUUUGUACGCGCGCGUGUAUGUGUGCCUGUUGGAAAACUGGAAAAUUCAAGUGACGAAAAAUGGAUGUAUUUUUGAGCAUUAUGUGUAUGAAAUAAAAAACAAAAAAAAACACAUCAACGAUUAAACGAAACGUAAA